AUGAAGCAAGACGACGCACCAAAAAGUGUUAUCACCAAUUCUCGUUCGGAAACAAUCAUUGUUGGAUCCUCAGAAACACCAAAGACAUCACACCAUAAAAGUCAUGAUGAUUCAACAACGACGACGACAACAACAAAGGAAAACAAAUCAUCAUCACCAAUUACUUACAGUCAGCAUCGUGCGUAUGCUGCAGACAAACACAAAUAUCAAAUUAUUGAUCCCGAUUAUAAGAGACCCAAAGUCUUUGAAUUGUGGGAAAAGUUUUCAUUGUGUCAUUUCGUGAGGAUGCCUUCUUCAACAUUUACAUUGAACAAUAGUGAGGAACAAUCAUCUGAAUCGAAACCUCCAUGCAGAGGAAUUUAUCGGAGAAUCACCGAUCUCAUGGAGGACUCAUAUUUCCUCUAUCACCACUACACAAAAAGUAAGAACAAGGAUUAG